AUGGAAUUUCAUAUAAGAGAAGAUUCAAUGGAGUCCACUUCUUCAUCUAGCACGAGUUCUGUAUUCUCAACUAUUCAGAAAGUCCCAGAAAGCCCUCAGACAAAUUCACCUCCGGAACGUAAUAAAUCAAAUAAUGCAGCUACAAAUAAAAAUUCAUACUCAUCGACAUCUAGGAAUCAAAGAGAAUUGAGAGCUUUAUUGGAAGACUCUAAUAAGUAUUACUCAACCUAUGAAUAUAGGAUGCCAACUAGUUAUUUAAAGAGUUCUUCGAAAGAUAAAGGAUUAAAUAAUUCGGAUAAUGCUGAAACGAAGCAUAAAUGUGAAAAUAUAUCAGGUAACGACACAACUAACAAGGAGAGUUUUAAAGAUGAUAAAAAGUCUAAGGGGAAAUCUUCAAAGAAGAAAAUCAUAAAAAAAAAAGUUUCUACUGAAAAAAGAAAAUAUACAAAACAUAGUACUGUUCCAAAGAAGAGAAAGUAUACCAUGAAAAAACGAUUAAAAAAUAAAGCAGAUGAAGAUUUUGUACAGGAUGACAAUGCUAAUACUAUAUCGAACUCAUUAGCCCAAUCAAAAUUUCAACCACAGCAUGUUGCCAACAAUGAAAACCAAAAAGAUGCUAAUAUAAAAAUAAAUAAGGAUAAAGAAUCUGAUGAAGAUUUACCAACGAAUUUUAUUGAUCUUUAUGGUCCUCGGAUCCCUGUCAGGCCUAACUUUUUUGAUAUAAAUGGUAUCCUAGGAAGUAACGUAUAUAAUGGCAAACCAACAUCUUCUAUGACACUUACAACUCAUUCUCAAAAUUUACCUCAAAAUGCUCAUAAAGGAGUUACACCAGAAGGUAUGAUUCCUACUGUUAAAUUACAAAGCGUAUUAUAUCCAAACUAUCAGGAAGAAUAUAAGGUCAUUUUCUAUGAUCGAUGUGAUAUCUUCAAUCCAAUGGCAGAAAUUGGUAAGUUAAUAGAAUACUCGGUUAUGAUAUAUUUACCAACAGAGUAUUCAGAAAUAGCUAAACGUGAUAUUAUACCUAUCUUAAAUACCGCAUUUGACACUUCGAAUACCGAUUUAUUUAUCGAGACAGUGAAUAAUUAUAAUAAAUUUAUACUUGGUAUAUCCAGGAAAGAUAUCGUUGAUCAUUUAUGUGCGUUAACAGAAAUACCCGUGUCAUUUAUUCAUGACUUAUUACACAUUAUUUAUACAAGAAGUAUACAUCCAGAUGCCAGUAAAUUGAGACAUUAUAAAGCGUUUUCAAAUUAUGUGUAUGGUGAACUUUUACCGGGUUUCCUAACUGAUGUUUAUGGACAAUGUAACCUCGAUCCUGACAAACUUUUUAUGGACCUGGGUUCCGGUGUUGGUAAUUGUGUCAUCCAAGCUGGAUUAGAAUUUGGUUGUAACUUAAGUUUAGGUUGUGAAAUCAUGCCAGAUGCAAGUAAUUUGACAGAGAUUCAAAUGAAGGAAUUUAAUGAACGUUGUAAAUUGAUGGGUCUAGCUGUUCCUAACUUUGAAUUCAGAUUAAGGGAAAGUUUUGUGGACAAUCCAAGAAUUAUUGAACUUCUUUCUCAAUGUGAUGUGAUGUUGGUUAAUAAUUUCUUAUUUGAUAGUAAAUUAAAUAAAGAGGUAGAAAAGCUAUUACAACAUGCCAAAACUGGUUGCAAAAUUAUCAGUUUAAAAAAUCUGAGAAGUUUCGGUUAUACAAUUGACUUUUAUAACAUUGAUAAUAUCCUUAACAGAUUACAAAUUAAAAAGCAAAAAUUCAAAGAAAAUAGUGUUUCAUGGACCCAUACGGGUGGUGAAUAUUAUAUUUCUACAGUAUUAGAGGAAGUCGAUGAAUCAUUAUUUGCUGCUUCUAGUAGAUUUAGGAAAAUAAAAAAGGAUUUUAAAUAUACUAGGUGA